GUCUCCACUUAACAGCAGGCUUCAGUGACGUGGUGCUGAAAGCCUCGGGCACUCCCUCCUGCCUUCCACAUGAUCUGAAAGCUCCCUCUGAGGAGAGACGGAGGAAUGUGGAAAGGAGGGACAACAUCGAUGUCUUGGCUCUCCACAAUGCCUUCUUUUUACUCUGUAAUAAUCGGUGUGACAUUCAUCUUCCACACUAAUGGGAUCCCAUGGACGGAAGAAAAGCUCCAACACAGAGCUGUCACACUAACAGAAGAUGAGAUCCGUGCUGCUCUGUCUCACACGGAUCUGGAGCAAAUGUGGCAGCGCGACCUGAGACCCCUGUUGGUUACCAGAUACCCGGGGUCUGCAGGCAACCAGGCUGUACAGAAUCAUAUAAAAACAACCCUUGGUUCCCUUGGAGCAGGAUGGGAAGUGAUGGAGGACAAGUUUGUGUCACAGACGCCGUACGGCCAGCUCCCUUUCACCAACCUGAUCGCCACACUGGACCCAUCAGCAAAGCGCCGCCUAGUUCUGGCCUGUCACUUUGACUCCAAGUACUACCCGCCUCAGUGGCAUGGAAGAGAGUUCCAGGGUGCUACGGACUCGGCUGUUCCUUGUGCUAUGAUGCUGGAGCUGGCACGAGCGCUGGAUGAAGAGCUGAAGGCUCAGAAGGACUCCAGCCCCGACCUGACCCUGCAGAUGCUCUUUUUCGAUGGAGAAGAGGCACUUUUCCAGUGGACCCCCACAGACUCCCUGUACGGCUCUCGCCACCUAGCCAAAAAGAUGGAGGCCACGCCACAUCCUGCAGAAGCAACAAACACCAACCAGCUGCAAGGCAUAGACUUGUUUGUGUUGAUGGACCUCAUCGGGGCCCCAAGUCCCACAUUUGGCAGCCAAUUCCAAGACACUUCAUCUUGGUUCACCAGGCUGCAGAGCAUUGAGAAGCGUCUACACUCCAUGAACCAGCUUGCAGAACAUCCUAACAGCGUGCAGUAUUUCUGGCCAGAUCGUCAUGUGGGUCGUGUUAUCGAUGAUCACGUACCAUUCUUGAACAGAGGUGUCCGUGUCCUCCACCUUAUCCCUUCUCCCUUUCCCUCUGUGUGGCACACGUUCGACGACAACGAAGAAAACCUGGACCGCACCGCAAUUCAGAACCUCAACAAGAUCCUGCAGGUUUUUGCUCUGGAGUACCUCAAUGCCAGACCCGCGGUUCCCUCAGACCCACAAAAUGCUCCUUAAAACUUUCUAAUAUAUCUCAUAUAUCGUUAAUCACUGUAGAAGCUGAAUGAAGACACAACGUCAGAGGUUUCCCCGCUCGGUCCAGGGAAUACUUUACACCAGACAUUUACUUUGAAACUAUCUUGGACAAGAAGACUUUUAUUUUUAAAGAUGUUUUUCAUUCCUGAAAUCUUUUACUGUGAUAGAAUUGUUAUUAUGCUUCUCACUGAGGAAAUGGUGGCCCACAUGAGAUGAUGGUGGCAGGGGCGUGUCCAGGGGGUGGCCUGGGGUAGCACAUCCCACCCUUUGAAUCUGAUUGGCCACCCCACUGAAUUCCCAAUAAAUAGACUUGUCCACAAAACACUUGGGGUAAAAAAAAGCAUAACCAUUGGUGUCACCCAUGCAUAAAGAAGUGCACUACCUGGGCCACCCCAUUUUAAAAGAUCUGGGCACACCACUGGAUGGUGGACAAUAUAUUUUUCCCUGAAGCUUAAGAUACUUCCUCUGUCCCUAAUAAUCUGUCCAGUGUUUAUAACACACACAGAGAAGUCGAUCACCUCCUGCGCUGACGUGCCCGCUUCUCUUUAAAUCUGCUUUUAACUUCCAGAAUCAGCCUAAUCUGGAAUCCUGUCUUCUGAGAACGAAUAAAUGUUUAAGCAGAAAAUAAAAGACUGUUCAGCAGAA